CGUCUAGGGCCAGUUUCAUCCGGUGACUCUCAGCGUAACAAACCGUGAUUGUUGUUGCAUAAUGUUUACAAAGAUAUUGGUGUUUGUAACGUUGGCGCUGUUGGCGGACGCGAAGGCGGGCCUGCUCCCAGGCGGCCAUGGGUUUCCGGGACCAGCUACGGGACCACUCUACGCUGCGCAUGCCUACGCUGCUCCCAUUGCCGUCGUCAAACCUGCACCAGUAAAAGCUGCACAUGUUGUAGAUUAUGUGGCGUACCCAAAAUAUGCAUUCAAAUAUGGCGUCGAAGAUCAUCACACUGGCGAUCACAAAUCCCAACAUGAAGAACGCGAUGGCGACGUAGUCAAAGGUGAAUAUUCCGUCCUAGAACCCGAUGGUACUCUCCGUACGGUGCAUUACACCGCCGAUGACCAUAACGGUUUCAACGCUGUGGUAUCAAGAUCUGGUCAUGCAAUCCAUCCAGCUGCACCACCUGUACACGUAGCACCAGCACCAGUUCAUGCUCCAUUACACCUUUUGGGUUAUAAAGGACUACAUUAACACAAAAAUUACAAACACACACAAAAUGACUGGUUUAUAAACAAAAGACGAUAAAUACGCAAUGCCAAAUGAUUUUCCCACUGUCUCAUGCUCUGUGUUCGAUUGAUGUAUAUGUUAAAUAAUGUUAAGUAUGUUUUUAAACAAUAAUUUAGUUAUAUUUCAGAGAUCUUCUUAUUUUGUACAUAUUUAAAAAGAUAUUUUAUCAAGUUAUUUAUAUUUAUACUUAUAGAAUUUAUAUUGCGUUGUUCGUUCAUGUGUGUUAUUGAAUUAUGAUUAGUGUACUUAUAAUUAUUUAUAAUAUAUUGUUACAUCAUGCAUUAUUAAUAAUAAUCAUUCAUUCAUUCA